UCCAUCGCGCUUCCUUUUCCAGCAGCGCCUGUGAUCAUGGCGGACGUGGUGGCCGAGCAGGUAGCGGACCAGAAGCCAGUCCCGGACCGGGAGCUGAACGGCGAGGCGGAGGACAGGGAAGAGGCCGAGCCCGCGGAGGAGACGGCGAAGAAAAAGAAGAAGAGGAAGAAGAAGAACAAGUCCGCAACGACAGGCGCCGAGGCCGAGGCCGAUGGUGUGUCCGAAGUGACCAAACAGCUGGAGAAGCAGGCGAUAGAGGACAAAGAGAAGGAGGAGGACGGCGAGGAAGACGGAGACGAUGGCGAAAACUCAGCAGGGAAAAAGAAGAAGAAGAAAAAGAAGAAGAAAGGACCCAAAUCACAGACUGAUCCCCCGUCUGUGCCCAUCUGUGAUUUAUACCCAAGUGGAGCAUUCCCCAUCGGACAGGAAUGUGAAUACCCCGUCUCACAAGAUGGCCGCAGCGCAGCGUGGCGUACGACCAACGACGAGAAGCGCGUGCUGGAUAAAGCCAACGAGGAGGUGUGGAGCGACUUCAGACAGGCAGCCGAGGCCCACAGACAAGUCCGCCAGCACGUUCGCAGCUUCAUGAAACCGGGCAUGACCAUGAUUGAAAUCUGCGAGCGAUUGGAGGACUGUUCUCGUAAGCUGAUAAAGGAGAACAAGUUGAACGCCGGCCUGGCCUUCCCCACCGGCUGCUCCCUGAACCAUUGCGCCGCCCACUACACUCCCAACGCCGGAGACACCACCGUCCUGCAGUACGACGACGUCUGCAAGAUCGACUUCGGCACGCACAUCAACGGGCGAAUCAUUGACUGUGCCUUCACUGUCACAUUUAAUCCAAAGUACGACAAGCUGCUGGAAGCCGUGAGAGACGCCACCAAUACUGGAAUCAAAAACGCAGGCAUCGACGUGCGCCUGUGUGACGUCGGAGAGGCGAUUCAAGAAGUGAUGGAGUCCUACGAGGUUGAGCUCGACGGCAAAACAUACCAAGUGAAGCCAAUCCGAAACCUGAAUGGUCAUUCAAUCGGUCAGUACAGAAUACAUGCAGGCAAAACUGUGCCCAUCGUUAAAGGAGGAGAAGCAACGAGAAUGGAGGAAGGAGAGGUUUAUGCCAUCGAGACAUUUGGCAGCACGGGUAAAGGUGUUGUUCACGAUGACAUGGAGUGCUCUCACUAUAUGAAAAACUUUGACGUCGGCCACGUCCCCAUCAGGCUGCCCAGAGCGAAGCACCUGCUGAACGUUGUCAAUGAGAACUUCGGCACGUUGGCGUUCUGCCGGCGCUGGCUGGACCGCCUGGGCGAGAGCAAGUACCUGAUGGCCCUGAAGAACCUGUGCGACCUGGGCAUCGUGGACCCCUACCCUCCCCUCUGCGACACCAAGGGCUGCUACACCGCUCAGUUCGAGCACACCAUCCUGCUCAGGCCCACCUGCAAGGAGGUGGUGAGCCGGGGAGACGACUACUGACACCCCCCAACCCCAACCUUCAGCAACACCACCACACACACACACACACACACACACACACACACACACACACACACACACACACACCCUCUCCUCGUCACCACCACACAGCACCUCCAGACCCUGUUAGCAACUCGUCUUUCAGAGAAACAGCAGAAAAGAAAAAGAAAAGAGCUUCUAAACCAGGACGUGGUUGUCUCAGAGCAGCUUUGAGGGAUGCCAAAUGCUACUGUAUUCUACCCACAAUGCACCACUCACAUCUUGCAAAGGAACAAGGACGGGGCUUUCUGAGUUUUCUAUCAACCACAGCUAAAAAAAAAUAUAUAUAUAUAAAAAGCCAACAGAGGAAGCAUUGUAGUUUCCUUCAGCGUCCUGCGGACCUCAUUUUACACGUUAUUAAAAGUUUACUGUCAAACAGUUAAACAUUUAUUUAAGCAGCCGCUGAGUCUAGUGCACCCUCAGUAUUCAAAGAGACAGUGAGCCCCCCCCCUACACACCUCCCCUUUCAUUUUCAAAGUUUCAAUGGCUCCACUCUGAGCCUCCAGUGCUUUUAGUGCUCGAGUUAAAUUAAGCACAAAUGCUACUGAUGGGUGUAAGAUGUGGUUAGGCCGAUGCAUGGCCAAAAAAAAAUCUCUCUGCAAAACAGACAAUUCCUAACAUUUAAAAGCUCCGGGUGUCGUAAUGAAAAAAACGCCAUCUUCGUACAGACACCGUGCAUCUGCAGCUGUAUGUUUUGGCUUCUGUCGCUACAGGAGGGAACUCUUGCACUCUGGCCCUCUAGUCAUCGUUUCUCCGAUAUUUGUAAAAUAUCUUUGGAAUGGUUGCCGCCCGCCACUGUAUGUUCCCGGUUAAAAAUGCUUCAUUUUGAACUCCCUGACAAAUGUUUUUGUAAGAAAAAAAAAGAGAUGAUUAAAAUGAUUUUGCUCAUU